GCCGCUCUCAGCCAAUCAGAUGAGCGGAUAACGCUCCGACAACAAACAAAAGACCGAGGCUAGCUGAGCUCGUUAUGCUCCGUGUCAGCCGUUAGUUACCGUCACCGUGCGCCUGACAACGACCUUCCCGUCUCUGAAUCACUUCCCUCAGCCUGUGCGCGGCGGACAGCUGCUCUCACGGUGUCUCUAUCCGUGUCUUUUCGUGUCGGCUAAUGUUCAACCCGAGCCAUUUUCCGGCGGCUCGCGUCUGAACGUCGGUUGUAGCCAGGUUAGCUCCGCUCGGGCUAGCCAGCUCUGGCUAGCUUCGCUAAGCUAAACUCUGUUUUUUUUAAAAAACAAAAACAAACUCGACACGAGCCGAGACUGACUUUUAAAAAACACUCGUGUCGUUGCCAUGUCGGGACAGUCGUCGGGUUGCGGGUUUCUGAUGUCGGUUGUCGUCCACGGAGACUCGGCUUUGAACGAGCAGGAGAAGGAGCUCAACCAGCGGCUCCGGAGGCUCUACCCGGCCGUCAACGAGAGCGAGACCCCGCUGCCACGCUCCUGGAGCCCGAAGGACAAGUUCAGCUACAUCGGGCUGUCUCAGAACAACCUCCGUGUGCACUACAAAGGUCAUGGAAAAACCCCGAAAGAUGCAGCGUCUGUGCGGGCCACCCACCCUAUCCCAGCAGCCUGCGGGGUCUACUACUUUGAGGUGAAGAUCAUCAGCAAAGGCCGAGAUGGGUACAUGGGCAUCGGCCUCUCAGCUCAGGGUGUGAACAUGAACAGACUCCCUGGUUGGGACAAGCACUCAUACGGUUACCACGGAGACGACGGCCACCUCUGCUCGUCUGGCACCGGGCAACCCUACGGACCCACGUUUAAGGGCGACGUGAUUGGCUGCUGGUUAACAUCAACAACACCGCUUCACACAAAGAACGGCCACAGCCUGGGUAUCGCCUUCACAGACCUACCACCCAACUUGUACCCGACCGUCGGCCUCCAGACUCCAGGGGAGGUGGUGGACGCAAACUUCGGCCAGCACCCCUUCGUUUUCGACAUCGAGGACUACAUGCGCGAGUGGAGGACAAAGAUCCAGGCCCAGAUCGACCGCUGCCCCAUCGGAGAGCGCGAGGGCGAGUGGCAGUCCAUGAUCCAGAAGAUGGUGGCUUCCUACCUGGUGCAUCACAGCUAUUGCGCCACGGCCGAAGCCUUUGCCAAAUCCACAGACCAGGCCGUGCACGAGGAGCUGGCCUCCAUCAAAAACCGACAGAAGAUCCAGAAGCUGGUGUUGUCAGGUAGAAUGGGCGAGGCCAUCGAGACCACCCAGCAGCUUUACCCCAACCUCCUGGAGAGGAACCCAGACCUUCUCUUCAUGCUCAAGGUGAGACAGUUCAUAGAGAUGGUGAACGGGACGGACAGCGAGGUGAGGUGUCUCGGAGGUCGCAGCCCAAAGUCUCAGGACAGUUACCCCGGCUCCCCCCGGCCCUUCAGCAGCCCCAGCCACAAAGCCAGCAGCUCCCAGCCCUACCUCCCAGGGUUCGACAGCAACUGCUGUAACGGUGUGACGUCUAAUAAGAGCCACAGCUCCUCCCCUCACAGUCACAAGCCCUGCCCCCCGGGCUCUGGCUCCACCCUCCCAGCAUCUGACAUUAGCCUCAACGGGAGCCGCAGCCAACAGCCCAUAACCAGUAGCGAUGUGGACAUGGAAGUUGACCACUUCACCAACGGAGUGACGGAAUCGUCCUCCAACGGUUUCCUCAACGGCAGCUCCAAACACACCACCGAGCCCGACGACUGUGACGCAGACAUGGAGGUGGAGUCCGCUCAGUCCAAGAGGCAGCUGUGCGGCGGGAGCCAGGCGGCCAUCGAGAGGAUGAUCCAUUUCGGCAGGGAGCUCCAGAGCAUGAGCGAACACCUCCGCCGCGAGUGUGGCAAGAACUCGGCCAACAAGAAGAUGCUCAAGGAUGCAUUCAGCCUGCUGGCCUACUCGGACCCCUGGAACAGCCCAGUCGGCUACCAGCUGGACGCCAUUCAGAGGGAGCCGGUCUGCUCCACUCUCAACAGUGCAAUAUUAGAGACUCACAACCUGCCCAAGCAGCCCCCUCUGGCUCAGGCCGUGGGUCAGGCCGCCCAGUGCCUCGCCAUCAUGGCACGAACUGGCAGCGGCUCCUGCGCCUUCGCCUCUGUGGACGAUUACCUGCACUAGCCCUGUGUACACACACACACACACACACGCACACACACACACACACACACACACACACACACUCUCUCUGAGGACCUGCCCAGAAAUGUCUCCUCCUCCCUCCUCCUCCUCCAUCAGUGUAGUCAUAUUAGCUGAGGAGACGCUCCUCUGCACGAUAACAAGUAGUAGAAAGUUCAAACCACCUCACUCGCUUCUUGUUCUGCUUUUUACGGAUCGGCACGAACACCACCGAGGAUCCGGACUCGUUUCUGGGCAGAUCUUUAGAUUGCCAACACACACCACAUACAUUUAAAACACACACACACACACACACACACACACACAUAUAUACACCACCUCCCUUUCCAUCGUAAAUAUGAAACUACGCCUCCACCUUGGCUGGCCUCGCAAACCCCUCCACUUCCAGCCCUCGGAGGCUGCGUCUGCAUCAUUGUGACUGACGGCGGGGGACGCCAGCCAAGAGUAGCCGACUUGAAAAUACCCCGGAGAGCCGAACUCGUGUGGACUCGCUGCAGAUACCCAGAUACCCCCGUAUAUCCGGGGAGAGGAGGGCAACAAACCGGGGCGGACAGACUGACAAAGAAAAAAAAAAGAAAAGCCCCGGUGAAAUUAUAAAUAAGAAAAAAAAACAAACAGACGCCACGGUCCCUGUAAACCUGGGCAGACGCGUCCACACACACACACACACACGCAAACAAGCGAACAGGCGACAGGCUGACGCUGAAAACAGGAUUGAAACCUCCACCGAGGCUUGCCGAGUUGCUCCAACUCUGGCCAACGCAAGGCUCCAUUAGGGACUGCCUAACUCCCCCCUACUCGCCCCUGCACCACCCUGACCCGCGCUCCUCCACCUCCACCUCCACCUCCACCCGGCCCUCCCUCCACUCACUUUCAGGAUAUCGGCGGAGAUUUGUGUGACGCAUGUGGACUCGGGACUUCAAAGAAGCCGGAGAGAGUCUCGACUCAACGUUCCCUGUUUUUAAUCUUUUCUUUGGUUUUUCACGGGCGCCGCGGGGGGACGGGACGGGGCGGGGUGGUUACCGAGCUCUUGUUUUUGUUUUUAGUUUUUCCAGGUUUACAAGGCACGGUGCAGACGACGAUUAUUAUUAUUAUUAUUCUAAUUAUCAUUAUAGUAAUUAUUGUUACUUGCAUUCACAGUAUAUUUGUUGAGCGCCAGCAAGAGCAAGUUCCACCAACUUAUUAUAAUAAAGGUCCCGAUUCCACCGAUUCCCAGUGACGAGCGUGUGUACAUGUUAACGUUUAUAUAUGACUUUAACAAAAUGGAAUUAUAUCAAUAGAGUGAGAUAUUUAGUUAUCAAAUGAAAGGAAAUCAUUGAAAAAAAAAAACAACCCAAUCCUUUAAUGCUUUGUACCGACACAGCGCCUCCUGAAGCGUGCUGGCUGUUCCUAGUCUGUACGAGUUUUUCUGUUUCCUGUUUGUUGACUCCGGGGUUCCCACGCAGGCGGAACGCCGACGUGUUGUUCGACCGAGUCCAGGUCUUUAGGAACCUGGAAAAUCUCACACAUCGUGGUACUUUGCCGUGACGUAACGUCUUCACCGCAGCCGAAGCUUCAAACACUCGUGGACAAAGUCCAGUUGAACCCUGCGUAGGAACCCCGAGACAAUCUCUGACCCGAUUUCUACUUGUUACCAACCCCCCUCCAGCUGCACAGCAGGUUUGAUGCAAACAUUGUUAAUCUUUAUUUUCGUAUUGAUGUCUAUGCUAAUCCUUAACACACAAAGAACUCAGGAGCCAAAAUGUCCCUUUGUUCCUCCUCCAUCCUCCUCCCCGGUUUAGAAUAGGAAGGUCCAACCGACCGAGCAGCUGACCGACCCCGGGCCUCGAUUAAAGGUGAACUCGUUUGUUUUGUUUUUUAAAGCAGCACAGCGACGGGCUUUUCAGACUUGAACUCAGACCAGAAAAAAAACUAAAGAGCUCUCACUCUGUGUGAGGAAAGGUAGUGACACUGCACAAGCCUCCGAGUCCUGACUGGAAAAUAUCAAACACUGCGGCCUGUAAACGCUUCGACGCUCACGAAGAAUCAUCGUGCUGUUAAGUUUGUUGAAGCUCUGGGGUAGAAGUCCAAGUAACUCGUGUUCACAGACGCAGAUGAACCACAUCACACUCUUUAAUCGUGAUUGUUGUACGGCUGUAAGCUUUCAGUGAUUUUUAAAUGAGCUGUUGUUACCAGCAUACCUGCAUGUGUGCAAAAGUAGUUUGAGAAAGUGGGAAUAAAUCUGAAGGCGCUCUCGGUUCCCGUUUUGGGAACCACUGGACGAAGAAGCCGCCAACAAUGUCGACCCCGAACUGUUAAACUGACUGCGUUGGUGUUGGAGCGAGAAUAUUAAAUAUUUCUGAGGCCGUCUACACGGAUGAAGAAGGAAAAAAUAAAAAGUCAAACUUUGAUUUCUUGUUUUAGGUUCUAACACGUCAAAUCAAACGCCGUCUACUGCAAUCGAGACUUUUAAUGUCGGGAUGCCAAAGUGAAAUUAGUUCAGUAAUUAACCAGCUUCAGUCGACCUCGACUCCGCCGGUCGAGUUCUCGUCACGUUCAGGUUUGAAAAGCCCUCACAGCUUCCUGUACUGCCGCCAUGUUCUGUUCCUUCUCCUCUGGCCUCUCGAAGCAUCGACAGGGAAAAUCAAAUAACAUUCAGUAUUGUCAACUGCACUGUGGCUACCACAUUUACAAAAUAAAGAACCAAAUACUUUUCGGAAGGCGACGUCGCAGCUGUGUUUUGAAGCCUGUGUGUGUUUCGUGCUCGCCACUCGCAGAGAAACAGGAAAUCGCCGAGGCUUUCGCUAGACACGACAUCCAUCCUUCUUUUUUUGUUUUUCCUCCCCAGGGGUCUGGAGUUUUCUCCUCACGGUGGAACCGAGCUUUUCUGUAACCUUUGGUUUGUUUCUUUUUGGUUUCUUUUUCUUUUUGGAUCGCAAGCAGUCACGGCAUCGUUUAGAAAACUUCUUAGACAAAGUGUCUGUUGUCUCUUUCUGAGUAAGGUCUGAAACCUAUGCAUGCCAUAGUAAAGUGGUGGUAAGAUCAAGUUAGAUGUCUCUUAUUUUAUUCUUUUUGUUUCUCCUUCUUUUAGCCAGUUCACGGUGUAUAAGGAAGAUGUCAACCAGUAAGUUGUCCACUGCUGACUGUGUGUCCGUUUGGAGAAAAAAAAAAAAGUGCAAUUUGUGUGAGGGUGAAAAGAUUUAUAUUAAAAAUGACAAAUGAUGAUGG